AUGAGCUCGGAAAUUCUCACCACUUCCACUUCGGUCAAAUGCUCCGUUUGCCCACCCGCCUCAACCUGCGGCCAGAACUCGAACGGAAAUCUGUUUUGUGUUCAGCGUGUUCCGAUCGAGAACUAUAUGCCAUUGAUGUCGACCGGUGCGCUCGUCUGCUUCGGAGUCGCCGCCCUCAUCAUUUUCAUCCUCGGAUGUCUCGUCGUCUAUGGUAUCCGUCACCCCGAUUCCUGGCCAGGACGUGCCGUCGAGACUGCGUGGUUGUGGGCUCGAUUCGUCUGCUGCCUCUUCUUAUGCUUCGACAUCGACGAGGCCGACGACGAAGCGCAGCCAGUUAAUCGUGUUGUUUAG